AGUUCUCAACUUUUCAGGCCGGGAAAACCAAACUUUGAACUUCAGAGUUUCAAACCGCAAUACAUGAAAUCAUCUUCAUCCUCUCUAACAAAUAAGCUUCUUUUCUUUUCAACUUACACACAAGCACAUACACACUUCAAACCAGGGAAAAAAACUGAAUCACCCAGAUGGAACUAUUCACCUCAUCAUGUCUUAAAUUUCUAUUUCACUCUCUUGUGAUCUUAUUCGUCCUCUUUAACCAUGCAAAUUCUCAGUCUCAGUUGCAUGAUCAAGAACGUGCAACUUUACUGAAGAUAAAGGAAUACCUUGAAAACCCUGAAUUCCUUAGUCACUGGACUCCAUCAAGCUCCUCUCACUGCUCAUGGCCAGAGAUAAAAUGCACCUCCGAUGGCUCAGUCACUGGAUUGACUUUGUCCAACAGCAGCAUCACUCAAACCAUACCCUCUUUCAUAUGUGACCUCAAAAACCUCACAGUUGUUGAUUUCUACAACAAUUACAUUCCCGGGGAGUUCCCAACAACUCUCUACAAUUGCUCCAAGUUGGAGUACCUAGACCUGUCCCAGAACAACUUUGUUGGUAGCAUCCCUCAUGACAUUGACAGACUCUCUAAUUUACAGUAUCUCAGCCUUGGUUACACCAAUUUCUCUGGUGAUAUUCCUGCAAGCAUUGGAAGGCUAAAGGAACUCAGAAAUCUUCAAUUUCAAAACAGUCUUUUGAAUGGAACAUUCCCUGCUGAGAUUGGCAACUUGUCCAAUCUUGACACCUUGGACUUGUCCUCUAACAACAUGCUCCCUCCUUCGAGGUUGCACGAUGACUGGACCCGGCUGAACAAGUUGAAGUUUUUUUUUAUGUUUCAGUCCAACUUGGUUGGGGAGAUCCCUGAAACCAUUGUAAACAUGGUGGCUUUGGAGAGAUUGGAUCUAUCGCAAAACAAUUUGAGUGGACCGAUUCCUGGCGGUUUGUUCAUGCUGGAGAAUCUGAGCAUAAUGUUUCUUUCUAGAAACAAUCUUUCAGGGGAAAUACCUGAUGUGGUUGAAGCAUUGAAUUUGACCAUCAUUGAUCUCACUCGGAAUUUCAUCUCAGGAAAAAUACCAGAUGGUUUUGGAAAGCUCCAAAAGUUAACUGGUUUGGCUUUGUCUAUUAAUAACUUGGAAGGGGAGAUACCAGCAAGCAUAGGACUUCUUCCAUCUCUGGUAGAUUUUAAAGUGUUUUUCAACAAUUUAUCAGGUAUUCUUCCUCCUGAUUUUGGUCGCUACUCAAAGCUUGAAACAUUUUUGGUUGCAAAUAAUAGUUUUAGUGGAAAGCUACCAGAGAACUUAUGCUAUAACGGUCACUUGCUUAAUAUAUCUGUGUAUGAAAAUUAUCUGAGUGGGGAAUUGCCACAAUCACUUGGGAAUUGUAGUAGCCUCAUGGAACUGAAAAUCUAUAGCAAUGAGUUUUCUGGUAGCAUUCCUAGUGGUCUUUGGACUUUAAACUUGUCAAAUUUCAUGGUGAGUCAUAAUAAGUUCACCGGUGAGCUUCCUGAGAGAUUGUCCUCAAGUAUUUCGCGCUUGGAGAUAGAUUACAAUCAAUUUUCUGGUAGAAUUCCAACUGGGGUAUCUUCAUGGACUAAUGUGGUAGUGUUUAAAGCCAGUGAGAACUACCUUAAUGGGAGUAUUCCAAAAGAGUUAACAGCUCUUCCCAAGCUAAAUAUUUUAUUGCUUGAUCAGAACCAGCUCACAGGGUCACUUCCGUCAGAUAUAAUAUCAUGGCAGUCCCUUGUAACUCUAAAUUUGAGCCAAAACCAACUCUCUGGACAUAUCCCAGAUUCAAUUGGUCUGUUACCUGUCCUUACGAUACUUGACCUGUCAGAAAAUCAAUUGUCUGGUGAUGUUCCUUCUAUACUUCCCAGACUCACCAAUCUCAAUCUAUCCUCCAAUUAUUUGACAGGGAGGGUUCCAAGUGAAUUUGACAAUCCUGCUUAUGACACCAGCUUUUUGGACAAUUCUGGCCUCUGUGCUGAUACCCCGGCACUGAGCCUCAGAUUGUGCAAUUCUAGCCCUCAAAGCCAAAGCAAGGACUCAUCUUGGUCUCCUGCUUUGAUUAUAAGCCUUGUGGCAGUGGCCUGCUUGCUGGCUUUGUUGACAUCACUCUUGAUCAUCAGAUUUUACAGAAAAAGAAAGCAAGUAUUGGAUAGAUCAUGGAAGCUCAUUUCCUUCCAAAGGCUGAGUUUCACUGAAUCAAACAUAGUGUCAUCACUGACAGAAAAUAAUAUUAUUGGCAGUGGCGGAUAUGGUGCAGUAUACCGUGUUGCAGUUGAUGGUUUAGGCUAUAUUGCUGUGAAGAAGAUUUGGGAAAACAAGAAGUUAGAUAAGAAUCUUGAGAGCUCAUUUCACACUGAAGUUAAGAUAUUGAGCAACAUUCGCCACAGAAACAUUGUGAAAUUGAUGUGCUGUAUCUCUAAUGAGGACUCUAUGCUCCUUGUCUAUGAGUAUGUGGAAAACCGUAGCCUUGACAGGUGGCUGCACCGGAAGAAUAAGUCAUCAGCUGUGUCAGGUUCAGUCCAUCAUGUUGUCCUUGAUUGGCCAAAGAGAUUGCAUAUAGCCAUUGGAGCUGCACAAGGUUUGAGCUACAUGCAUCAUGAUUGCUCACCACCUAUUGUUCAUCGAGAUGUGAAAACAAGUAACAUUCUUUUGGAUUCUCAAUUCAAUGCAAAAGUUGCUGAUUUUGGUCUGGCUAGGAUGUUAAUGAAGCCAGGGGAACUUGCCACCAUGUCAUCUGUGAUCGGCUCAUUUGGCUAUAUAGCUCCAGAAUAUGCUAAAACAACUCGAGUCAGCGAAAAGAUUGAUGUGUUCAGCUUUGGAGUUAUCCUAUUAGAACUGACAACUGGUAAGGAAGCUAAUUAUGGUGAUGAGCACUCAUCUCUUGCAGAGUGGGCGUGGCGCCACCAGCAGUUAGGAAGCAACAUAGAAGAGCUGCUAGACAAGGAUGUCAUGGAAACCAGUUACUUGGAUGGAAUGUGUAAGGUUUUCAAACUAGGGAUCAUGUGCUCUGCAACACUUCCUUCUAGUAGACCUUCCAUGAAAGAGGUUCUACAAAUAUUGCUUUCUUGUGAAGAUUCAUUUUCCAAAGGAGAGAGCAUUAUUGGCCACUAUGAUGAUGUUCCCCUUCUCAAAAAUUCAAAAAGAGAGCAUAAGUUGGAUAUUGAUAAUGAUAGCUAGCUAGAUUGGUAUUGUGUUGAGGUUGGAUAUUGCUGAUUAGUGUGACUAACCAACUUAGCUUCCAUGGAGAUUAUUGCCAAUUCUGGAAUUGAAGUCAGUGAAACAUAGCCACAGGAUUAUAGAUUUAGAAUAUCAGUACUAUAGAAUGCAUGAAAAGUGACACAAGAUAUAAGUACUUCUUUUUGGUAUGUGAGAUUAAUCCUCAGGCUUGGUGAUUAGGUAUCAGGAUUCCAAUUAAUCAAAAUCCAUAACAGAAUUUCUCAAGUACUUUGUAAAUUGUAACUACUCUUAGCUGCAUAGUCCUUAAUACUUUCUUUUUGGGAUCACAAUCUCCCAAUGGAAAUUUUGCGUCAUA